AUGUGCCACUUUCAGGUCUCUUCACACACUGCUGGUGUGUUGAAUUUUUUGACAUAGGGUGCUGGCAGAUUACGGGCCUCCCAUAGCUGCUGCCAGGCCCCUAAUCUGCCAUGGGCCCCUAUAUACCGCCUCCUCAUGCUGCUGCCAAGUCCAGAGUCUCUCAUGGGUCCCUGUACGGCCUCCCAUUGCUGCUGUCUCCAUCGCCACACUCUGCCAUGUGCCACUUUCAGGUCUCCUCACACUCCUGCUGGUUUCCAUUUUGUCAUAGGUUGCUGUAUGGCCUCCCAUUGCUGCUGCCUCCACCGCCACACUGUGGCUCCAAACACUGGUUUUGGCCCCGUGACUGGCCAAAUGAGUGAAAUGUGCGGUGAUUCUAAGAUCGACGGCACUCAUCUGCAUGUCAUACUG